UAUGGGGCUUUACUCCUCACUUUUUCACUCCAGGAAGGGAGCUGCAGACCCAGUUCUCAGCCAACCCAUCACAAGCUAAUACCACGAACUAAUCCGUAAAAGCAAGCCCUUUCCCAUUGUAUUUUCUCUCGGCGUAACUUUGUAUCAGGUACGAAUACAAUGUUGAUAUCAACUUCUACACGUAGUUGUCUCCAUUCUUCCCCAUUCUUCUCCAUUUACUUCCCCAUCGAAAGGAGAAGUGCCUGACCGCGUGCUCACCCCCACGCUUGUACCAACACCAUUGAACUUCGUCACUUCAGAGUGAGGGAAAUUUCUCUAAUUGUUCUUCUUUACAACAUCUAGCCUAAGUAAUUCGAGCCUCAAAGGCAAUUUGACCUGACUUGGCGUCAAUUUUGCCGCCAGCCGGUCGCCGAUUAAGAGACCCAUCUUCUGUCUCGCUUUAUAUUGUCCCUUGCAUUACGCUCGAGCUGGGAGAAGUUGGCUUGUUUGCCUAGCUACUGUGUUCGAGUUUUACACUUGAACGCAGUUCCGUGUCUUCAACUAGACACGGUCAGUAUUGCCAGAAGGGUCCUGCUGGCAGUGCAAUUAAACGGGAUACGCCUAACUCUUAAUACCAGUCGAACUUUUUCAUCAUGUCCAGAUUUGCCAGAGGUUUGAAGCGCAUUGCGCUUCCCACCACAGUCGCAGCAGUCGGUGGUGGUGCGCUUCUGUACUCAUAUCGACCCCGGAAUAUUCCAGGCUUCGAAGGCCCUGCGGUCCCUCCUCCCAUCUACGGCGCCGAUGGCACAUUUAAGCUCCCUCGGUUUCCGAAAGUGAAAUCCCGUGAGGAGCAGAUAGCCGACCUAAAGAAGAGCGCCGGAGAAGAGGAGGAGUAUGAUAUGCUGGUUAUUGGCUGCGGAGCCACCGGGGCAGGUGUUGCAUUGGAUGCUGUUACUAGAGGCCUCAAAGUAGCAGUUGUCGAGAGAGACGACUUCAGCAGUGGUACUAGUAGUAAAAGUACCAAGCUUGUGCAUGGUGGUGUGAGAUAUCUGGAAAAAGCUGUAUGGAAUUUGGAUUACAGUCAGUACCAAUUAGUCAAGGAGGCCCUCAAGGAACGCAAGUAUUUCUUGCAGACAGCUCCUCAUCUGAGUUCGUGGCUACCUAUUAUGCUUCCUUUGGACAAGUGGUGGAAGGCACCAUAUUACUGGGCUGGUACCAAGUUCUACGAUUUCCUUGCUGGUAGCGAAGGUAUCGAGAGUUCUUACUUCUUGACCAGGAGUAAGGCUCUAGAUGCGUUUCCCAUGCUGAAGCAGACUGACCUUGUUGGUGCUUUGGUAUACUACGACGGCGCUCAUAACGACUCGAGAAUGAACGUCUCUAUUGCUAUGACCGCAGCGGUAUACGGAGCUACCGUGUUGAACCAUGCUGAGGUGACUGGGCUGACGAAAAAUGAGAACGGAAAGCUAAACGGUGCUCUGGUGAAGGACAUGAUCAAUGAGCGUAAUGGUAAGAAGUCUGAUCCAUUUACCGUCAAGGCUAAAUGUAUCGUCAACUGUACCGGCCCCUUUACCGACUCUAUCCGGAAACUUGACGACCAGAAUUGUGCAGAAAUCGUUGCGCCCGCUUCGGGCGUCCACGUCAUCUUACCUGGUUACUAUAGUCCUUCAAACAUGGGAUUGAUCGAUCCAUCAACGUCAGACGGCCGAGUUAUCUUCUUCCUCCCGUGGCAAGGAAACACCAUUGCCGGCACGACUGAUGAGCCUACAUCUAUCUCUCCGAAUCCCCUCCCCGACGAGAAGUCGAUUCAGUGGAUUUUAAACGAAGUGAGCCAUUAUCUUUCUCCGGAUAUCCAUGUUCGCCGUGGUGAUGUGCUUGCAGCUUGGGCUGGCAUUCGUCCUCUAGUCAAAGACCCCAAGGCCCAGAACACGCAGUCGCUAGUACGCAACCACCUUGUUGACAUCUCCAGCUCCGGCCUCGUGACAUGUGCAGGCGGAAAGUGGACGACCUACCGACAAAUGGCUGAGGAUUGUGUGGAUGCGGCAGUCAAGGAAUUUAACCUUCCUACCAAGCCCUUCCCUAAUGCUCCACGAGUAAGCGGCACCGAAGCUAUAGACGACGGUGCAAUUCUAGACGGAUCAUGCCAGACUCACAACGUCCGGUUAGUUGGUGCGCAUGGUUUCAGUAAGACCCUGUUCAUCAAUUUGAUUCAGCACUUUGGCAUCGAGACCGAGGUUGCUAAGCACUUGACCGAGAGCUACGGUGACAGAGCGUGGACUGUUGCAGCCAUGUGCAAGCCGACAGACCUCCGAUUCCCCGCGAGAGGAGAGCGGAUAGCUCGUCUUUACCCCUUUGUGGAUGGCGAAAUCAAAUAUGCCAUCGCCAACGAGUAUGCGCAGACUGCCGUUGACAUCCUCGCACGAAGAACGAGAUUGGCCUUCCUGAACGCCCAGGCUGCCCUUGAGUGCUUGCCCAAGAUCAUCGAUAUCAUGAGCCAAGAACUGAAGUGGGACCGAAAGAGACAGGAGCAAGAAUGGAAAGACACCGUAGAAUUUUUGCGGUCAAUGGGCCUGCCCGAGCCGAUGCUCACCGUAACAAGGGCCCAGGUUGAGAAGGGCAAGCUCGACUUCCGCUCCUCGCUUGAGUACAAGAUGUACUCGAGACACAACAAGCCCCCCGUUGUAGAAGAGUAAUUAAGACGGAUAAGAGCGAAAGAAAAGGAGACUUACAUGGACACCUAAAAGAGAUGGGAAAUGGGUUUAUAUAAAAGAAUCCGUAAUUCGAGAUAAUAGACGGCUGGAUGGAGCAAUUCUGGCGUGUGUUUUGUUUUUCCCUUGGGUUAAGGAGGAGCAUUUCGUCAUGUGUUCAAAAGCGUCGCUGCCGAAGGCGAUGUAAUCUCUAUCGACAUGUAGCUGUAAUGGAUUUGAUAGUCGAUAGCAAAUAGAAAAGACUAUGAACCGCGA